AUGAAGAUAGAGCUACAGUUCAUCAGGACGCAACUAAAGACACUAUUUACGAUACCGCCGAUGCUAGUGGCUCUCAGAUCCAUGACGCAAGACUGGUGGGAGGAGAUAAACCAAAAGCCAGCAUACAACGCCAACGGACACCCCAUGCAAUUGGACGAAAACUUCCUGGAGAAGCGCAUCGCAGACGAACUACAAAUGCUCGAUCGGAACCACGACAGAGCACACUAUCUUCACGAAGUCAGCAUGGCCGAUCAGCUCGACCAGGAAUCGUUAGAAGAACAGAUAGUGCUGGCCCCAAAGACAGUGAUGCAGACCCUCCAGGGCGCCGAUGAUAUAAAGAGAAUCAUCAUUGAUAACGAUCAUCUUCAUGAUCAUAUCGACGCAGCGAAACAGCAACUGCUUUUAACACUCGAAACAGCGAUCCGGAACACGGACAGGGGGGAGACCAUGCCAGGCAAUGGCAUUGGCGAGAUGGAAUCUCAGACAGAGACUCUUGCCGAAGACGCGGAAUGCCAAACCUUAACAAUCGAGCAAUGCGAUCAAUCAACACAGAUCGAGCCGAGAACGCAAGCGAACCGGAAGGUGCAAACGGAUAGGAAGCUCGUGGAAAAAAGGUCGCAAGCGCAAUCCACCACGAGGCAACACCCCACCCAGACCACCAAGGCAUCGGGAUACCGACACCGAGCAGCAGAGACGUCAAGCACCGCCUAG